AUGGUCGAGGCGCCGGCCGUCGUGGUGGUGCGGGCGUACGACGACGACGACGCGCGCGACCGCGCCGGCGUGGAGGAGGUGGAGCGCGCGUGCGAGGUCGGGUGCAUGAGCGGCGGCGGCAAGAUGUGCCUCUUCACGGACCUCCUCGGCGACCCGCUCUGCCGCAUUCGCCACUCGCCGGACUCCCUCAUGCUGGUCGCGGAGACCGCAACCGGCCCCAACAGCACGGAGAUCGCCGGACUCGUCCGCGGCUGCGUCAAGACCGUCGUCUCUGGCACUGCAGGCACUGGCACCACCCAGCAGGCUAAGGACGACGACCCCAUCUACACCAAGGUUGGCUACAUCCUCGGCCUCCGCGUCUCGCCCAGCCACCGGAGGAAGGGGGUGGGGAAGAAGCUGGUGGAUCGGAUGGAGGAGUGGUUCCGUCAAAGGGGAGCCGAGUACUCGUACAUGGCGACGGAGCAGGACAACGAGCCGUCGGUGCGGCUCUUCACCGGCCGCUGCGGCUACGCCAAGUUCCGCACGCCGUCCGUGCUGGUGCACCCGGUGUUCCGCCACGCCCUCAAGCCCUCGCGGCGCGCGGCCAUCGUGCGCCUCGAACGGCGGGAGGCCGAGCUGCUCUACCGCUGGCACUUCGCCAACGUCGAGUUCUUCCCCGCCGACACCGACGCCGUCCUGUCCAACGACCUGUCGCUGGGCACGUUCCUGGCCCUGCCGUCGGGGUCCUCGUCGCGGACGGGACCGGGGUGGGAGGGCGUGGAGGCGUUCCUGGCCGCGCCGCCGCCGUCGUGGGCCGUGCUCAGCGUGUGGAACUGCAUGGACGCGUUCCGCCUCGAGGUGCGCGGGGCGCCGCGCCUGAUGCGCGCCGCGGCGGGCGUCACCCGGCUCGUGGACCGCGCCGCGCCGUGGCUCGGGAUCCCUUCCAUCCCCAACCUGUUCGCGCCGUUCGGGCUCUACUUCCUCUACGGCCUGGGCGGCGCGGGGCCUGACGGCCCCAGGCUCGCCCGCGCGCUCUGCCGCAAAGCGCACAACAUGGCGCGGGACGGCGGGUGCGGCGUCGUGGCCACCGAGGUCGGCGCCUGCGAGCCCGUCCGCGCCGGGGUGCCGCACUGGGCGCGCCUCGGCGCCGAGGACCUCUGGUGCAUCAAGCGCCUCGCCGACGACUACAGCACCGGCCCGCUCUGGCGACUGGACCAAGGCGCCGGCCAGGCACUCCAUAUUCAUCGACCCGAGGGAGUUUUAGGCUCAUGA